AUGGUGACCAAUUCAAUCACAGCUCUCAGAAAAGCCCGGCGGCAGGAGCAGCUAGUCAGCAAGCGGCUUCUGCGGGAGGACACCACAGCAGAGGAGCGUGGACAGGAUGGAGCAGAGAUUGUGCCGGACCCUCUCUCAGAGGAUGAGGUUCUUGAGCUGCUCAGAGGUGUGCAGAGGGGUUCAGAGGACAGGAGAAGAUCACUCAGCCGCCUCCGCUGGGCUCUGCAGAACAAGGACACUCAGCAGAAGUUUGUCAGGCUGCAUGGCAGUAUCCAGACACUCAUCGGGCUCUUCACCAGCAGCCUGGCUGACAUGCAGAUGGAGGCAGCCCGCUGUCUCCAUGAGCUUUCCCACUCCAAUGACCCUGCUGUGGCCGAGGCAUGUCUGCCAGUGACCUCCUAUCUCCUCACCUACCUCUCAGGACACAGUGUUGAGUUCACGGAGCUGUGUUUGUACACGCUGGGGAACCUGGUAGUAGAAAGCAAAGCUGUGAGGAAGCAGCUUCUGCCUCAGGGCAUCAUUCCAGUGCUGGCAUCCUGUAUCCAGUCCCCGCACGAGGCUGUGCUGGAAGGUCUGGGCUACGUCCUCUCGCAGUUCCUCCAAGCCAAGGAAGCCCCCACAGAGAUCAUACCCUUGGUUCUGGACUCCGUUCUGCCCCAGCACAUGCUUCGACUGGUUUGCUCUGGCCUCAAGGCUGGGACGGGAGCAGCCUUGGAGUUUGCAUGGUGUCUCCACUACAUCAUUUGUAGCCAUACAGCCAACACAGCAUUGCUGUCACUGGGGGCCUUGCCUGCCCUCACCUCGCUCUUGCUCGACCUGGCUUCUGAAAUCCCUCAAGAUGCUCCUGAGGGCCUGGAGCUGCUCAUCUGCCCAGUGCUGCGGUGUCUCAGCAACCUCCUCGCAGAGGAGACAGGCUGUGAAGUCCAGAUCCAGGACGAGCGCCUGCUCAUCGCCCUCUUCCUCAUCCUGCAGUGCUUCCUCCAGCAGCACCCAUUCAUAGCACAGGAGUGUCUCUGGCUGCUGAACAACCUCACGGCAGACAAGCCCUUCUUCUGCUCCGCUCUGUUCUCCCUGGACUUGCUCCCAGCCCUGCUGCAGCUCCUGCCAUGUUCUCAGAUGGCCAGUGUGUUGGUCCUGACAGUUCUGUGCAAUAUAGCGGAGAAGGGGCCAGCCUACUGCCAGCAGCUGUACCAACAGCCUGCCCUGCCCCUGCUGCUACCCACCCUCACUCUGCCCGACCCUGAAGUGGUGGGACAGUGCCUCGAGCUGCUGCACCUCCUCUUCCUGCACUGGCCAGAGGCUGCUACUGACUUUGUCAGGCAAGGUGGGCACCGGGCCCUUGAGCAGCACCAGAGCACCCCAGAACUCCAGGAGCGAGCACGAGCACUGCUGGACAUGGUUGGGCAGCUCCUGGGAACCUCUGUCUUCAGUCCCUGCCACACCAUAUUGUCUGCCUUCUCCUAG